AUGGCUCAGAUGGACCUAGAAGAUGUGCUACUCGGGAUGGAGAAGAUGCCCGCGUCCCUCGGUAUGGCAGAAAAGGAGAGGAUCUUAUUAGGCGCGAGAACGGGCUCUCGACAUCAAAAUCUGCGAAGUGCAGAUUUUAGUGUUGAGUACCGGUACUGGAUGUUGCGCCACGCCCCCGGCUGGCCCGCCCUCGCCGCCCCCGCCGAUGCCGCCGCCCUCCUCACCACCCCCCUCUGGCUCGCCUCCGCCCACCACGCCGCCCUCAACUUCGCCCAGUUUCCGCUCGGCGCCUACCCCCCGGCCCGCCCCGCCCUCCUCCGCCGCCUUCUACCCGACUACCCUACGCCGGCACCGAUGCCGGCACCGGCGUCGAGCCACACCACUUCUUCCUCGCUCCGCGGGGACUGGACCGGGGACGCAGAGAUGGCGCGUGCGGAGUUGGGGUUCACGGCGGAGGUGCGACGCGCGGGGGAGGAGAUCGCACGGUGGAACGCCGACCCGGCGCGGCGCAACCGGUGCGGGGCCGGGGUGCCGCCCUACGAGCUCAUGGCGCCCACCUCCGGCCCCGGGGUCACCUACCGCGGCGUCCCUAAUAGCAUCGCCAUUUAUUUUUAAUUUUAAUUUUAAUU